CGGCGGGGAUGCAACAAAGAUGAACUCAAGCUUCACGCUCUCGAGCCGGGAGGCAGGCGCAGCGUGGCCCCGCCCCCGAACGAGACCCCGCCCCGGGCAGCGUGGCCGUCCCCCCUCGCUCCCCCAUCCCGCGGCCGGGCUGUAAGGGUGCGGUCCUGGAGAGCGAGGUCCGGUCUGGCGCGCGUGCUCUCUCUGUCUCUCCAUCUCGAGCUCUCCAUUGCCUCAGUUUCCCUCCACCGGCGCGCGGGGCCCAGGUCUCUGGCAGAGCGCAAUGAGGCGGGCGGCGCUGCGGCUUUGUACCUUAAGCAAGGGACUGCUUGCUCCCAGCAGAGGACUGACUCAAGGAUCUCAGAAUCCCGAGGAGAGAAUUUUCCACAUUAAUGAAGUUCGAGCUAAGUUGCUGGAAAUAGUAGGAGUGUCCACAAACUGGAGAGACCAUGUGAAAGCAAUGGAGGAACGAAAAUUACUGAGUAGCUUUCUGGCUGAGUCACAAAAAGCACUGCCAUCUAGGAGAAUGAAAGACAGUUAUACCGAAGUUCUCUUGCCUUUGGGCAGUCAGCCUGAAUUGCGAGAGAAAUAUUUGACUGUUCAAAACACCGUAAGGUUUGGCAGGAUUCUUGAGGAUCUUGACAGCUUAGGAGUUCUUAUUUGCUACAAGCACACCAAAAUUCACUCAGCUAAGAUGUCUCCUUUAUCAAUAGUUACAGCCCUGGUGGACAAGAUUGAUAUGUGUAAGAAGAGCUUAAGCCCAGAACAGGACAUCAAGUUCAGUGGCCACGUUAGUUGGGUUGGGAAGACAUCCAUGGAAGUGAAGAUGCAAAUGUUCCAGUUACAUGACAAUGAAUUUUUUCCUGUUUUGAGUGCGACGUUUGUCAUGGUGGCUCGUGAUUCUGAAAAUAAACGGCCAGCAUUUGUAAAUCCACUCAUCCUUGAAAGCCCAGAGGAAGAAGAGCUCUUCAGUCAAGGAGAAUUGAACAAAGGGAGAAGGGUUGCCUUCAGCUCCGCAUCGUUACUGAAAAUGGCUCCUACUGCUGAGGAGAGGACAACCAUACAUGACAUGUUUCUUAGCACGCUGGAUCCAAAGACUAUAAGCUUUCGAAGUCGAGUUUUGCCUCCUAAUGGGGUGUGGAUGGAGAGUUCAAAACUGAAGAGCUUGGAUAUUUGCCACCCUCAGGAACGGAACAUUUUCAAUCGGAUCUUUGGUGGCUUCCUUAUGAGAAGAGCGUAUGAACUUGGAUGGGCUACUGCUUGUAACUUUGGUGGUUCCCGACCGUUUAUAGUAGCCGUGGAUGAUAUCAUGUUUCAGAAACCUGUUGAGGUUGGAUCGUUGCUGUUUCUUUCUUCACAGGUUUGCUUUACUCAGGAGAAUUACAUUCAAGUCAGAGUACACAGUGAGGUGGCCUCUCUUCAGGAUAAAGAGCAUAUGACUACCAAUGUUUUUCAUUUCACCUUCAUGUCGGAAAAAGAAGUGCCCUUGGUUUUCCCCAGAACAUAUGGAGAGUCCAUGCUGUAUUUAGAUGGACAGCGCCAUUUCAGCUCCAUGCACUCACCGGAGACCUUGAAAUAAGACUACCACGUGGAGCCCUAGGAAGACCCCGCUUGUUGAAGACCAGUGCCGGGCAGUAACACAGUGCCUGAUGAAGGCCUGAGCAAGUGUAUUGGUUUCAGUGUUUAUUCUUAUCCUCCCUAGAGAAGAAGAAUGUAUUCAGCUUUUAGGAUGAUCAGAAGAGUGGAACGAGAGAAUGGCUGGGUGGGGGCAGAAGGAAAAAGAGUUAUUAAAUAAUAAAUACUUUAAAGACUU